ACUUACAUGGAGGAAGGAAAGAUCAGGAAAUUUUGUAUCAUUUGACGAAUUUUGCCGAAAAACAAUUUGUAUUUUAUCAACAAACUGCCAUGAGUAUACAAAAUUUGAAACCAGGUUUAGAUAAACUAGCGGUUGAUGUUGCUGAGGCAACAAAGGAAAUUCAUCUAAUGAGGAAAGAGAGAGAAGAAAGGCGUAGAGCAUUGGAGACUCGGGCAAUAACCGGGAGCCCAUUCACAAAUGAGUCUUUCAAUGAAGGGGAGAACUCAAAUAAUUGUAAUGGAAGUGUUUCUACGGAUAACACGAUCGACAAUGCAGAAAAUCAUUCGACUCAUAAUGGUUCACAGAAUACGAUACAAAAUAAAUUCAAAGGAAUCCGUGAUUUGGAGCAACAAGGCACUGAAUCUGCAUCAAUUGCUGGAAGGAGGAAAGAAGGAUUUUUGUUUGCUACAUCACGAGCAACGCAACAUGGAACUGUUGAUCCGAUCGCAAAAAAUAAUUGGCAUAAAUAUUGGUGCGUCUUGGCGGGAGGUCAACUUUGUGAGUAUAGCAAUUGGAAAAAACAACUUGAAACACACAACGAGCCAAUAAACUUACGAUUUGCGACCGUAAGAGAGGCAAGAGGUGCCGAUCGUCGUUUUUGUUUUGAGGUUAUAACACCUCAAUAUCGACGUAUUUAUCAAGCGGUCUCAGCUGAAGACAUGAAUUCGUGGAUAGCGGUAAUUUCUAAUGCUAUUGAGAGUAUUCUUAAUGGAACUAGCAGCUGUCGUAACUUGGAUCAAGUCUUGACACAAGACGUUGAUAGUACUGGUGCUGGAACGUUGUUUACCAGAAAAGCUAUCCAAAGAAGGGGAACAUUACCAAGUUUGUCUGAAAGAAGAAAAUAUGAUAUGAAAAAGGGCACGCCAAUGUUAUCCGAAGAGCCAAUUAUAAAAACGCAGUCUAAGGGUCGAAACCGUCAGGAAAUAGAAGACAAUGCAAAAUCUUUGAGAAUUCUUGAAUCUAUCAAAGGUGCAGACAUAUCAAAUAAUUCUUGUGCAGACUGUGGAGCUCGUAAGACAGAAUGGUGCUCAAUAAAUUUGGGAAUUGUUUUGUGUAUAGAGUGUUCCGGAAUCCAUCGUAGUUUGGGCACACAUAUUUCAAAAAUAAGGUCGCUUACUUUAGACACAACUUCUUAUACACCUGAUCUUGUUCAAUUAAUUAAAUCAAUCGGAAAUGCACAUUCAAAUGCUAUUUGGGAAGCUACGCUUUCAAAAAAAGAACAACUUACGGAUAACCCGCCUAUACCACCUUCAAAGCAUGACUCUCCGCCACCAGUUCCACCAAAAUUUGACUCCGAUACUCGCGAAUUUAAACAAAAAUUUAUUACAGCCAAAUAUGUCGAUCGGGCAUUUGUAGAUUUUUCACUUGUUGACGAGGAUAAAACGGCGACGGAUCUUCUUUUUCAGGCUGUGAAAGUAAAUGAUAUACCUUUAGCAAUGCAAGCCAUUGCAUUGAAAGCUGAUGUGAAUACUGCACGUCGGUUCGAAGUGCAGGAAGAUCACGGAUUGAAAACACCAUUAUUAUUGUCGUUGCUCCAUAUUGAACCUUCGAAAAUGGUAACAGAAGAAGGGAAGACCCUAUUUCCUAUGGCCGAGUUACUAUUACAAAAUGGAGCUCACGUUGAGAAAGUCUUAUUUGACAAUCUCGAAGAUAUGCUUGGUGUAGCAUCACAGCCUAUCAUACGAAGUUCAGCAAAGAGUGUUGGGACCUGGGCAACAGAAGUUGUUAGUGAUAUGAAGAAAUCAGGAAAAACCAUUCUGGAUGUAGUGCAAUCAAGUGGAAACAUCGCAGCGAUAAGAUAUAUUACACCAAAAGUACUUGCUAGAGGAACUCCAAGCGUUACAAAUUCUUCAUUAUCCACAACAAGUACCGGUGGUGUAGUAAACGGCAACGCUUCAGAAAAAAAGUCAUCAUCGAACAUAGGUCGUUCCAUAUCAAUAUCAGUUAGGAAUGUAUUAUCAUGA